AUGAAGAUGGAGAGUUGGGUUCGAGCUUUAAUGGUGAUCGGGUUCUUGUUCCCAUUGCUGGUUCAGGGUCGGGUUCGUCACUACAAGUUCAAUGUGGUUACAAAGAAUGCGAACCGUUUAUGCUCAAGCAAGCCUAUUGUGACCGUUAAUGGUCGUUUUCCUGGACCAACUCUUUACGCUCGGGAAGGUGAUAACGUGCUCGUCAAGGUCGUCAACCAUGUCAAAUACAACGUCUCCAUCCACUGGCAUGGAAUAAGACAACUGCGCACAGGAUGGGCGGAUGGCCCAGCAUACAUAACGCAAUGCCCCAUCCAACCUGGGCAGAACUAUGUGUAUAACUUCACGAUCACCGGGCAACGGGGCACGCUUUUCUGGCAUGCUCAUAUUUUGUGGCUAAGGGCCACAGUCCAUGGUGCCAUUGUCAUCUUGCCUAAACUUGGUGUUCCGUAUCCAUUUCCCAAACCCCAUAUGGAACAAGUUGUGAUUUUAGGUGAAUGGUGGAAAUCAGAUACCGAAUCCGUGAUCAAUCAAGCAAUGAAAUCUGGUUUGGCUCCGAACAUCUCGGAUGCCCAUACGAUCAAUGGUCAUCCCGGACGAAACCUUGGUUGCCAAACACAAGGAGGGUUUCAAUUGAGUGUAGAAAAAGGAAAAUCUUACAUGCUACGUAUCAUCAACGCUGCACUCAACGAAGAACUGUUCUUUAAGAUCGCCGGCCACCAGCUCACGGUGGUUGAAGUGGACGCCGUCUAUGUGAAACCGUUCAAAACUGACACAAUUGUGAUAGCACCGGGCCAAACCACCAAUGCCAUCAUCACAGCCGACAAGAAAUCCGGCAAGUACGCGAUGAUUGCUGCCCCAUUCAUGGACUCGCCAAUUGCAGUCGACAACAAGACCGCCACUGCCACCAUCCACUACACCGGCACCCUUUCUUCCUCUCCCACCACCCUAACCACCCCACCGCCAAUAAAUGCCACCGUAGUGGCUAACAACUUCAUAAAUUCCCUCCGUAGCUUGAACUCGAAAAGGUUUCCUGCCAAAGUGCCCUUAAAGAUCGAUCAUUCCUUAUAUUUUACAGUCGGGUUGGGUAUCAACCCAUGCCCGACUUGUAAAGCGGGCAACGGAAGCCGAGUUGUGGCGGGCAUUAACAAUAUUACUUUUGUAAUGCCCACCACAGCUCUCCUUCAAGCACAUUAUUUCAACACCAAAGGUGUCUUCACUACAGAUUUCCCUGCUAAUCCGCCGAGUGCGUUCAAUUAUACUGGACCACCACCCACAAACCUAUCUACGAAUACCGGAACCAAGCUCUAUCGGCUAAAAUAUAAUUCCACCGUUCAAUUGGUACUACAAGAUACGAGUAUAAUAGCUCCAGAGAACCACCCGAUUCAUCUCCAUGGGUUCAAUUUCUUCGCAGUCGGGAAGGGAAUUGGAAACUAUAACCCUAAGAUCGACUCGAAGAAUUUCAAUGUUAUCGACCCUGUUGAACGGAACACAAUUGGGGUGCCUUCGGGCGGUUGGGUAGCGAUUCGAUUUCGAGCUGAUAAUCCUGGAGUGUGGUUCCUGCAUUGCCAUCUGGAAGUGCACACAAGUUGGGGGUUAAAAAUGGCGUUCUUGGUGGAAAAUGGGAAGGGAGCAAAGGAGUCGAUUUUGCCACCUCCAAAGGAUCUUCCAAAAUGUUGA